GUCUGCUAACUCUUCCGAGAGGACCCAGACUGCUGAGGGCCACCCUACCAAUGCUGAGGAUACUGCCGAUGAACCAUCAAGCCAGGCCCCUUCUAAUAAGGCUGGUGGUGAGGCCUCCGAUAGCAUGGCCAAGGGAAAUGAGCAAAGAGAUGAUGAUGAUGAUGAUGCAGAUGAUGAUGAUAUGGAGGGAGUCCUGAUCAGCAACAGGAAGAGAGCCGGAAAGAAGGCCAUCCGAAUAGACUCUGACUCCUCAUCCGAAGAUAUGGAGGCUGCUCUCACACCCCGACCACUCAAGGGGAUCAUUAUUAGUGAGCAGCGCUCUAAGCAGAAAAGUGAUAAGUCUGCAUCAUCCAAGCCUAAGAAGAGGCUGAGAAAGAAGAGUGCAGUGGAAGAGGAGCUGGCACUGUACGAUGACUGCGACACCUUCCUCACUAUAGACCGAACCACGCCCUUAGGAGCAGGAGCUGACCUUGUCAGUUCCCGGGUAGAAGUCGCAGCAUCCGGUUCAACUGCGCAUGCACAGCCCUCUCCCAGCCACUCUCCAGUCUCCCAACAGGCUGGAGUUUCAAUAACUCAAGGGGAACUUUUUCCGACCUCACUGGUUCCCUCCGAAUCAGUUGAGAGACUUAGUGGUCAACAGCCCCGGACCACUACCCCCAUUCGUUCUAUCACAUCGAGUCUAGGUGUCACCAUUCCUACAUUUUUAAAAUUUUCUAGGACACCUACACUAUUCACUGCACAUACAGGUGCACUCACCCUGAACGCAACGACCGGAGUGCAAACUAUGAUGGUCGGAAGUCCUGCUACGCCAACAAUGCCUCAAUCAUUGAACGCAGGCCACACAUCAGCUAUCUUCACUGAUGCUGUGACAACAGUUACAACCCCUGUAACUGGUACCACCAUUCCCGAAGACAUUCUUGUAUAUCUGAACAGCUUUCUAGAGACCAUUAAACCAUGGGUGCAUGAAACAAUAACCGCUAAUGCACAAGACUCUGGAAGUACCCCAGUUGUUCAAAAUAUACCACCCAAACCCCAAACAACACAGCCCCCAACCAUUUCCAUACCUAUUUCCAAACCUUUAGCCAUAGAGAACCAACAACCAUCCACUUCAAGGGGAACCCAGGAUACAGAACUAGUAUCCUCCCCCACAACGACCAAACCCAACCUCAAAACCAUACCUUUCGAGGACCUUGUAGCUGAGGUCUUUGACCGUAUACUAGACGUGGAAGAAGGCAACCUUACCCCUCUUCAAAAAGCCCUUCUCCAUGCUCUAGAUACACAGAACACAUGCCGUGACAGUCUCCGUGGCGCUAAACGUUCACAUGAGGAUCCUGAUGAUUCGGCUCCUCAUGAGGGGGAGAACAAGCGCCAGCGGAUACUUGAGCAUGUUGCUUCUACAAGCCAAACCCCAUUGCCAAACCAACCCUCUACCUCUACCAAUGAACAACCCCCUACUUCAGCCAGCCAAAAAUCCCUAGCCUCUCUCUCUAGCAUGGUCGAGCUAGACAAAACAUUCCGAGGCGCAUCUCCUAUAGAUGUUGACCAAGGAUGGAAUGGAAGUCCUGAUGAUGCUACCACGAGUACAUCUUCCUACUCAGGCCAUCAGCUAGAACCUAGUUCGAAACUGAUGUCAACGGGCAAUCCUAAGGAUCCCGGAUUCACCCAGUCUCAGCCAAGGGAGGAUUGGCCGCAUGUAACGAAGUAUAAAGGUCUGGUCUCUGCGCAAGAGCAUCGUGUUGAGAUAAUUGAGGAUCCCUGCAAGUCUCACCAGGAUCCCGAUGCUACGCCCGACAUGUCGCCACAGCAGCAACAGGCUCCCUCCAGCUACUACAAGGACGGAAUGCACGAUGAACUUGAGGAAAUGCUAGUGCACAACAAAUGGUCUGAACUCUGGACAGAUGUAGAUGAAUCACAGCGAAGAGCAUACCUCAGAGAUCUCUUAGUCAACUGUGCUACUGAUGUGAUUCUACUUGAUCAAGAUGAACUCAAGGAGGGAGAGAACUACGAGACACCACCCAAGGAUCUUGAGUCAAUCAUUAGACAAACGGCGGCUCAAAUGCCCAGAAAUGAGAAGCCCUGGGAAAAGAUCGACAUCAACGCUCCCUUUCAAGAGGAAAUCAGAGAAAACAUCUGGCGAAAAGAGGAUAAGGUCAGAGAACUGGACGAACUGAAAAUCCGUGGUCUCAACCAUCUACGAGGACAAAACAAGGGUGGUCAACUGUUUCUACUUAGUCAUCACCAUUGUUCUAAAAAUCGGCCUAGGCGGACCGAUUAAUCGGCCUAGGCGGCCUAGGCGGCCCUAACCGUAGAGUCCUAGUCGGUCUAGUCGGCCAAAAAAUCGGCCUAGGCGGCCGAAAAAUCGGCCUAGUCGGCCGCCUAGGCGCUAGGCGCCCCUCUACCGCCCGACUAGCGCCUAGCGAGUUUUAGAACAAUGGUCAUCACUAUAUGGGAAAACAGAGAGAAGUCUGGCAACACGAACUUCAAACUGCCAAAGACCCAGUCUGGGCUAUUCUCAACGUGGGCGAAACAAACUUUCAAGAUAUCAAACUCUCUGUCUACCAUCUACAGCGCUCUGACGGAACAGAAUUCACGUGCAAGGAAAAUGAUCUCUAUAUGCUAAAGAUGGAUGACAUCUAUCAGAUGUAUCUUGCAUUCCAAGAAAUUCCAGGCACUCGUGACAAAACUACGCAAAAUGGGCUGGAUGCACUCAAGCGCUUUAUGAUCAGACAAAUCAAAUUCUUUGCUUCUCAUGAUCUUCAGAUGGCUCUUGAAACAAACAUGUCAAAGACAAAUCUCACAAGACCGAAGCUGUAUGGACAAGAACUUGAGGACUUUCCUGAGUAUUACAUCUUUGAUAGUCCAAUCACGCUUAUCUAUCUGAAUCACAAUGGUGAGAAACGCAUGCUACUCAUUGAUGAAAUUAACAAGUAUUGCGAUGGAACACUGAAGAUCGUGAAAGAGAAACUGCAACCUAUCAGAGAAGCAUUUAAAGAGAAGCAGCAGAAGUAUGCAGAUGCCACAGAUGCUGAAUUGAAAGAGGCACAUAGAAUUGACAACAUUCUACAGGCUAUCCAGAAACAACUUGAUAGAAGAAAUUCACUCAGAAGCUAUGAGCAUGCACUUAAUCUCAGAAAGAAUUAUUACAAAGCUCAGAAGUGAAGAAACCCAGCAAGACGACACUUGAUCACAAAGGGGGAGAUUGUUAGAACUUUUAUUGUGAGUCAAGUUUGUCUGUAAUGUCUUGUUUAAUAAAGUAGACUAGUUAUACCAUUUAUGGUAUUAGAUUAGUAAUCAUUUUGUAAUAAAUAGGUUAAAGGGAAUAAGGCCCAAAAAGGCUUUGGCCCAAACCUCAAGAUUUACCUAAAUCGGUAACCUGUACAGCGCCUAUAAAUAUGCGCCUUGUGUACAGGUACCGAUGUCGAUCAAUACAUUCUCUAGCCUUACGCUGCCCAAAUAGUUCUCGAUAUAAUAGAAGAAGAAUUUCUC